UUGCAGUGAAUCAUGGUCAUAUUUUAUGAUAAAUAUCGCUAAAAUCUAUGCAUGGCACAGUCUGUAGUCUUGUUAAUUAUGUGCUAUCGUAAUCACAAACAUGUUUGUAAACUGUGAACAUUAGGUCAUUUGGGUUCCUUGAUGUGAAGGCAGUAUUCUAAGGAAAGAGCAAGAAUGGAAGAGAAAAUGAAAGCAGCAUUAAAUUAUGACAAGGCGUUGUUGCAGAGUAAGGAGCUGUAUCAGUACAUCUUGGACACAAGUGUGUACCCAAAUGAACCAGAGCCUCUUAAGGAGCUGAGAGAAGUUUCAGCAAGCCAUCCAAGUUAUUGGAUGGGCACUGCACCAGAUGCAGGCCAAUUGAUGGGAAUACUGCUGAAGCUUAUCAAUGCUAAAAGGACCAUUGAAAUCGGAGUCUUCACCGGAUACUCUCUUUUACUCACUGCCCUAACAAUUCCUGAGGAUGGAAAGAUAAUAGCCAUAGAUGUCGAUUGCGAGGCAUACGAAAUGGGAUUUCCCGUUAUCAAGAAGGCCGGCGUAGAGCACAAAGUUGACUUUAUCAAAUCCGAGGCUCUCCGAGCACUAGAUGAUUUGAUGGCAAAUCUUGAUGACGAGGGGAGCUUCGACUUUGCCUUUGUUGACGCGGACAAAAUCAACUACUUGAAUUAUCAUGAGAGGCUGAUGAAGCUGGUCAAAGUGGGUGGGCUAGUCAUAUACGACAACACCCUCUGGAGAGGAUCUGUUGCGAUGCCUGAAGAUGCGGUUGGAGAGAAAUAUAAGGAGGGUCGAAAGCUGCUGAUUGAGUUCAACAAUUUACUCGCCAACGAUGCUCGCGUCCAAAUUUGUCAUGCUUCAAUAGGUGAUGGGAUGACAAUCUGCAGGCGACUUCACUAAGU